UCUGUGGAAUUUUGAUGACUUGGAAGAAUGGAACUGUUAUCUUGCUUAUCAUUAAGGACUGUCGUGUUCUUAUCUUUCCCUUAUAUUUUUUUUCUAUAAUUCCUAAAAGUGUGUCAAAGCAGUUACUUUGGAUAACUAAUAACUUAUUUUUAACAGAAUAUUUAAGCCAUUUAUUUUGUAGAGUGUUUGAAACAACGACAAGAAGGAAGGUUAGAAAGAUGGGAGGAAAGGAAAGAGGGAGUGGGGGAUGUGGAAGGAAUGUGACAGGAAGGGGAAGUAAAGGACUGAGGAGGGAAGUUGGGAAGGAAAGAAGGAAGUUGGGAAGGAAGGAAGAAAGGAAGGAAGGAAGAAAGGAAGGAAGGAAGAAAGGAAGGCAGGAAGAAAGGAAGGCAGGAAGGAAGGAAGGCAGGAAGGAAGGAAGGCAGGAAGGAAGGAAGGCAGGAAGGAAGGAAAGCAGGAAGGCAGGAAGGCAGGAAGGAAGGAAGGCAGGAAGGAAGGAAAGAAAGAAAGAUUAACUGACUGACUGACUGACGAAAUAAAGAAGAACAAAUGGAAAGAAGGAGGGAAGAAAAAGUGAGAUAAGGAGAAAUAUGAAAAAUUAAUUUAGAUGUGUAUUUUUUCAUUUGAUUAUUUUUUGAGAGAGAGAUACAAGAAACAAUGCCCAAAGUGAUAUAACCUUUUCCACCAGAUAAGCUAUCUUGAAUGGCACUCCCAUGCCAUUGUAUUUAUUGGACAUGUACCCUUUCACAAUGCUAGUCUAUCAGGGAAAGCUUGAUAUACAACUGUUCAAUCCAGCCAUUACAAUGGGGCUUUCUGAAUAUAGGCUUAGUAGUUUUUGUGGCAAAAAGGACAAUGGAUUUACAGCAAGGAUUUCUGAGAUUUAAAAAGAGAUUUUUGACCAAGAAGAAAGACAACGAACAGGAAAUGGUGACUAUGAAUCACCAAAUUGAUCUAAAAGGAAGAACAUUUGAAAAGAGAAAUCAAUCAGCCCAGCACUAUGUGAAUGGGCUGAAUGCACCUGAGGACGAGAACCUAGAGGCUGAAUCUCAUGAGGAUGAUUUGGCGAAUGAGAAUACUGUUGAUGGAGGGAAUGUAGGUGGUGAGGACAGUGAUGAACGUGGGACUGCGCGUGCAAGUACAUUUUAUGUAGACCAGCAAGAGAGUCCGGCGCAUGAGGACCGUGGGCAGCUAAACCUUUUGUCUGCAGCAUUUGAGAGUCUGGAUUAUGACACCUGCAUCAACUCUGUCUGGCUGGAUGAAGAAAGAACAAAAGGCUACACCUUCAUCGUGAAAAAGGAUGCUGCCCGUUGGCUUGUCGUCCUUAUAACCGGGGUGCUGACGGCACUUGUGGCCUGUGCAAUUGACAUCACAAUAGAGUGGUUGUCCAAGUUCAAAUACUCGUGGUUAAAACAAUAUACGGAUGAGGGUGUGGAAAAUAAUACUCUUGCUAUUCCUUUUUUCCUUUGGGGUGCGUUAAAUGUUGGCCCAGUCUUAAUAGCAGCAUUUUUAGGGUCUUAUGUUGAGCCUGUGGCAGCAGGAAGUGGAAUCCCCCAGGUGAAGUGCUACCUUAAUGGUGUGAAGGUUCCCCGUGUGGUAAGAAUAAAGACGCUCGCAAGCAAGGCCUUUGGCGUUACAAUGUCAGUGCUUGGAGGAUUGGCUGUAGGAAAGGAAGGUCCAAUGAUUCACUCGGGUGCUGUCAUAGCAGCGGGAGUUUCUCAGGGCAAGACGACCUCCUUCCAGCGGGACUUUGGUUUCUUUGAGUACUUUCGAGAGGACCAUGAGAAGAGAGAUUUUGUGUCUGCUGGUGCUGCUGCGGGUGUAGCUGCAGCAUUUGGUGCCCCUGUUGGUGGCGUGUUGUUCUCCUUGGAGGAAGGUGCAAGUUUCUGGAACCAGAGCCUCACUUGGAGAGUGUUCUUCGGAGCCAUGAUGUCUGUCUUUACACUUAACUUGGUCCUAUCAGCAUACAAUGGUGUUCCUGGAAAGCUGGCAUACAAUGGACUCCUAAACUUCGGCAAAUUUGACGACCUCACAUACGAGAUCUGGGAGUUCAUUCCUUUCCUCCUGAUGGGUAUCAUGGGAGGCUUGCUCGGUGCUUUGUACAACCACAUCAACUUCAAACUCACCGCAUUUAGGAUGAAGUACAUAAAUAGGCCAUGGCGUAAAAUUGUUGAAGCUGUGUUUGUAGCUUUCAUGACAGCUGUUGUUGCCUUCCUCAUGAUUUACUUACUUCAUGAUUGCCGUGAAAUUGACACCAAGUCCUCUGAGUACCCAAUUCAGAUGUUUUGCAAGUAUGGAGAAGAAAAUGCAGCAGCUGCUAUCUGGUUCCAGACACCAGAGAAGAGUGUUCGUUCUCUCUUUCAUGAUCCAACUGACUCGUUUUCAUGGACAACCUUGGGAGUGUUCUUCACCUGCUACUUCUUCCUGGCUUGCUGGACAUAUGGCCUUGGUAUCCCAUCAGGCCUUUUCAUCCCAACACUUCUGUGUGGUGCUGCCUGGGGUCGCCUUGUAGGAAAGCUUAUGUCCCUGCUCUUCCCAGAUCAGGCUUGGGCUGAUGAAGGCAAGUAUGCUCUUGUGGGAGCUGGAGCAAUGCUGGGUGGUGUCGUGCGCAUGACACUGAGUCUGACAGUCAUCUUGAUGGAGUGUGUCGGCAACAUUACCUUCGGCUUGCCACUGAUGAUCGUGUUGAUGGUAGCCAAAUGGGUUGGGGACUUUUUCAAUGAGGGCUUGUAUGAUAUUCACAUUCAGAUGACUGGUGUACCAAUUAUGGCAUGGGAGGCCCCACCUCUCUCAAAUAAUAUUUAUGCCUCGGAAGUGAUGAAUCGUCCAGUUGUCUCCCUCCGCACAGUUGAGCGCGUGGGCCGUAUUGUUGCAGUGCUCAAGUCUUAUUCCUACAAUGGCUUUCCAGUGGUUGACUCUCUUCCCACUGGGGAAGAUGAACGUUACUUUAAGUCUUUCGGCACACUAAGAGGGCUCAUUUUACGCUCUCAGCUAACCGUUUUGUUAAAACACAAGAUAUUUAAUGAGAAUGCAGAGAUCUGGCAGGAUGGCAAAGUGGACAUCCACCUGUUCCGGCUCUCAUAUCCUCGCUACUACACCCUAGACCAGGUGAACCUUGACCAGGCAGACAUGAAUUGCACUGUUGACCUGCGACCAUUCAUCAAUCCGUCCCCAUAUUCAGUUAUGGCCUGCACAGCGCUGCCAAGGGUGUUCAAUCUGUUCCGAGCACUGGGUUUGAGACACCUGAUUGUGAUCAACGACAAUAAUGAAGUAGUGGGCAUGGUGACACGCAAGGACUUGGUCAAGUACAGGGUGUGGAAACACAGAGGGCAGAUGGGCCUGGAGGAACUAGUCAUUUAUAAUAAUGUCUGAGAGGUGGGGCAAGUUUACAAAUUGUAUUCUUGUCUGGUAAGUUUGUGAAUGCUAGGUUGUGAAAGAAUUUGUUGUUGGGAGGUUAUUGAGGAAGAAAUUGCUAAUGAUUGCAAACAUUUACAGUAGAUUGGUGUGUAAACAACUAUAUUUCCUAAUUAUCUUUCUCUUCAUUAUUUAUUUUGAUUUUUUAUAUCUUACUUUUUUUGAUAUUUAAAUCCCAAGGUUUUCUAUAUACCCUGUUUUUUAUUUUUAUUUUUUUUGAUGUAGUAAUGAAUAAUAAUGGUGCUUAUGAAUUUUUUCAGUAACCUGAAGGUGUUGCUGAGUAGUAGAUCUUCAGUGUAACUUUAUGUACAUGUUUUAGAAUGCAUUCAUAUUUUUGAAGCAGUGAACCUCUUGUAAGACCCCUGGUUUAGUGUGUUUAAAGAGAGAUGGAAAAGACUUAAAAACCUGAAGUAGAUCUAUUAAUUAUUUAGCAUGUUGUAGGCUUAGGUUGUAUUUAUACAGAUCUUAGUUUUAAAAAAAAAUUGGUUGUAAUUUCUUUCUGAAAGGAAUUAAGCCUGUAUUUGUUGUGAUCUUUAAGAGAAAUUGUUCCAUGUCAGAGAAUAUUAAUUGUUAUAUUGUUGUUGACUAUAUUUAGAAUUUAUAGAUAUUUUUAUAUACAUAUAUUAGGGUUCAUAUGAUCUGACUGGUGUGCAGGGCAUUGUCAUUACCUAGAAAUAGUUGGGAUCAAAAUAAUUCUGAAAUGUUAAAUGUUCAUAAGUGCAGAUGAUUUUAUUGGAAGAUGAAUGUGAAAGUUAGAGACCAGUGAUAUUUUCUGAAUUUAAAGAUACUGUAUACCCAAAUGUAGUGAUUACUUUAUAUAAAGUCAGUGCUAGUGUUUUCAUUAUAUUUCCUGAUGUCACUAAAUUAGUAUGAGAUUUGCCAGCUAUGUCUGUCAUUUAAUGUUAUAACUGAGGUCUGGAGUGAAUUUAUGGGACUUAAUUUGCUAUUCAUUUUAUAGAAUAUUUAAAGUGCUUUUAUAUACAUUAACAGUGUUAAAGGGAUAGAGGUUAUUUGUACUCUUAUGUAUUCAUUGGAGAAAAUUAAGUUUCUCUGCAUAUUUCUAGGUGAUAGAGAGUGCCCUGUUAUAUGUGACUUAAGGUUACACAUAAAGAGGCUCUUUUGACAAAGGAUCUUGUAGUUUUGUAGUUUAUGUGCCAGAAAUUAAGUUAUAUUGUUAAGUAUUUGAAAUCAGUACCUUUCACAUUUCAUUACUCCUACAAAGUGAACUAUUUUUUUUUAUAUUUGAUUAUAUUCUCUUUCAUUCCAUGAAUCCUUCCUUUACUUUUGUUGUUGUUUUUUUCUCCAUCUGUGCCUCAUGUGCACUAUCUCCAACCUACUUAAAAUCUUGUGUCGUGCGUUUUUGAACAUGGAAGGAAAUAACAUAAUUGUAGGAAGAUUAUUAUUAUUAUUAUUAUUAUUUUUUUUGUUUGAUUGGGUAUUGCCUGAAUAAAAAUUUCCUUCAUAUAAGCAUUAGAACAUCAUCUUAUGUGUAUGUGUUAAUAUAAUGUAAAGCCUUAGUUUAUAUAAAUUUAGGGCUUGGGGAAAGGGAGAGACAAGAAGCCCACUUAAAGGUACUACAUUGCGUAUGUUAUAAACAUUUUCAGUUACAUAUUCAGGUAAUUACUAUUGGAAUUGUGAUGGGAGAUUAGAAAGUUUAUUAAUUGUAUUGUUAAGAUGCAUAAAUUAAUAGUUAUAAUUAGGGAUGAAUAGUGUUACUUGUACUUUUUGGAAUUUUUCUUCUUGAAAAUCUUAAUAGACUAAUAGUUAGAAGUUCAGUUAUUGGCUAAAUAGAUUUCAAAUUGUUUGAAUCAGCAGCUAUCUUGUUUAAUGUCAGAAUGUACAACAUUUAAGGCCUUAUGGGGACGUCUUUGACAUUCAUGUUGCAUUUUUGUGUAGUCUAAUAUUAGAAUUUCAGUGAGACGGGGUAACAUUUUUUAGAAAUUAUGAAUAUUAGAUUUGUACUGAAACUGAUGAGUGUGAUAGUUAUUGAAGCUCUUUUGUAUUGCAUAAAAUAUAUCAAUUUUUUUAGCAAGUGGUUCUGGUAAAGUGCUCUAAUAAAUUUUUAGUUUCAAUAACAAAAUACCUCAGAAGGUACAAAGAUCAGCUGCAUGCUAUGAAAAUAUUAGGAACCUCGAAGGAGGUAUCAUUUUCCCUAACACAAAACUGUAAACCUUCACGAUGGGUCAGAAUAUCCCUUACAAAUGAUUCUUGGUGUCUUCCAAUACUUUUUGCCAGGGACAGAACACACAGCCUUAACUAGUACUACAGAUCAUUCCAUUUUGAUAUAGUGAACUGUAGAAUAAUUUUUACUGUGCUGUUUUUAUUAUCUUAUGAUUAUAUUGAUGAAACAGAAAUUGCUUUUCAGAUUUCCAAAGAAUUUUAUACAGUAGAAUAGCAUCCUUAUUGUUUAGAUAAAGGAUGCACAAAUUUGCAGAAAGGCAUUUGCAUACACAUUAACAUAAGCACGUUACUGUUAGAUGGAGGAGAAAGCUGUUGAUUAAAAGUCUUUAGGGAGAAUGACAAGUGUAAUACAAAAUUGCUGAAGAAUUAUAUUAAAUACAACUCGAGUGCGUUUUUGGUUCUUUAUGUGAUGCAGAUUUAGACAUGUUUUUUUAAUUUUAAUAAAGAAUAUGAAAACAUUUUGACUGCUGAAAUUCAAAACUAAGAUAACGAGAAGUGUUGUUUUCAGAAUAUUUUAACUUUGUUAAUUACUGAGUACUAGUCGUUUUUUAUUACUGGGCUGUAAUAGUGAUAGAAUCCAUUACAGAAAUGCAUGACCAAAAGAGGACCUAAGGAAGGGACUGCUAACAUAUUUGUAUAUCAUUCCAUAAUAUAACUUGGUAAUAUAGAACAACUCAGGUGACACAGUCUACUUAAGACAGAAGAGUAGAGCAGGUGACAUUUGUACUAAAGGCAAAGUAAACACAAAUAUGAAAUGCAAUUUUUCAUGUAUUAUUUUCAUAUAUGUUGUAAACUAAUUUGUCUAGUCAAGAGGUAUUAUGUGUAUGACUAGUAUGCGAUCAUGAGAGAGUGAUAUUAGCUGAAAUUAAACUCAAGUUGUGAGGGAAAACAAAAAGAUUAUGUAUAGAAUAGAUGUCUGUGAUUUAUAACUAUUUUGAUGAAAAUGUCGUUUCUUAUCAAACUUUUACAAGGACCAAUGCUCGUUUUUUUGUGAUGUUCCUUUGCAUUUUGUAUUUAUUUCGUUUGGCUGUAUGCUAAAAUUAUUUGUAAUAUAAUAUCUAAUGUAUCCAGAAAAUAUAUGAUAAAAGAGUUUAUUGA